GUUUAAAAGUCUGUGCUGUGUUUACCAGGUACUGUGCGUAGUCAUAUCAAGAUUUUGCAGUAGUUUAAGGCGUUUGGGAGCAAGGUCUGAGGAAACAUGGAUGGAAUCCAUGAUGAUUCAAGUCAGUGGGAGCAGAGUAAAGAAAAUAUUCAACCUCUGAAGCAAGGCAGGAAAGCUGCAGUGUUAUCUGCGGUGCUUGAUGACAGUGCAGCAAACAAACUUAAUAUCAUGAGGCAUGAAUUUGAGGAGGAAUUGCGAACAUAUUCAGGAAACGACCCACUCGAUGUCUGGUACCGCUAUGUUCUGUGGGUGGAGCAGAAUUAUCCCAGAGGGGGCAAGGAAGGAAAGCUGACCAAAUUGAUUGAAAACUGUGUAAUGGCCAUGUAUAGCAGUGCAGAUGUUCGGGAAAAGUAUGUGAAUGAUGAGCGAUUCUUGGACAUCUGGAUCAAAUAUGCCAACUUGUCAACAAAUCCACCUGAGAUUUACCAGACCAUGGAGGCAAAAAAUUUGUGUUUAAGUUUGGCGGAUUUCUACAUCAACUGGGCAUGGGAAAUGGAAAAGAUUGGCAAUUACAAACGAGCUGAUGCUAUUUAUGAAAAAGGUCUUCAAGCAGGAGCUAAACCUCUCUGCAGUCUUCAGGAAUCUCACAAGAAAUUCCAGAUUAGAGUGAGUCGUUCUACCAUAGAGGGGAGGAUAGGUGACCAAGAGAUUAACAGUUCAGAACAACAGCGUGUGGCUCUUUCUGCCCUAAAAUCUCAGGGUCAUAGGGUUGGUGUUAAUAGAAGUGGACCUGCAUUGGCUGGUCCAGCUGGUCGUUGUGUGCAAGAUUUGCCUUCAAAAAUUAAUGGUCCAGCAUUUUCUAUCUUCAAAGAUACUUCAACACAAGGUGUUCCCUCAAACAUUCCAUCUGAUGAUAAAAGUACCUUGAGUUUAGGUGCACCAACUAACCAGGAAAAUGUUAGGAAGCCCAACCAGUGGUCAAAAUCCAAAGUUAAGCAAAAAGCAGUGAAUGUUGUGCCUGUGGAAGAUGUAGACAAAUAUCACAAGCCGGAAUUCUCAGUUCAUGAAGAUGAAGAUACAUCCCAAUACUCAAGAAUUCAUUCAAGAUUAUCUACAGCAAGCAAUGUUCUUACUCAGCACAAGCAAGAAUAUGACAACUGGCAUGUGCAGCUCUUUAUUCCAGAACCAUUUGAUCCCAAAAUUCAGCCACAGUAUUGUAAACACAAGGUAUAUUGUGGAACUGAGGAAUUCAGUUUUGAGGAGCUGAUGGCAGCACGAUAUACAAAAUCACAAAGAGAGAAGCAGGAAAAAGAAUGUGAACUUCAACAAAUGCGGGAUAUGCUCAAGAAACAAGAAGAAAUGAUUCAGAAGUUAUUAAAGCUCAAAAGUGAAGAAAAAGAAGAUAAGUCUGUCAAGCCGGUGGCACCACCAAAUCCACCUCCAUCUUCUCAGCCUAGAGUUUCUCAUCAGAAGGCCAGAAAGGAAUUAAAGUCAAGUAUCAUAUAUCAAGACAGUUGGCUAGCCAUCAACAAGUCUGUGAAUGCAUCUAUCAAUGCAUCAAAUCUCCAUGAUGAAAGUGGAAAUAUAUUACUUAGAAAUGAGCCACUAAUGCCAGUUGGGUAUGGCAAAGAGUCUAUCAGCAAUGACUUAGUUCCACCAACUGUCAUUAAUGAGCAAGGAAGCCUCAGUACUAGUGGAAAUUCUCGAGGAUUAAGCUUCACCGAUCCCACUGGGGAUGCUGCCAACAUCAUGCAUGAUAUUUGGUCUGCCACCCUCUCCAAUUCAAUGUCCCAUCAUUUUGGUGAUAUGGGAGCCAGGCUUUCAGAGCCUGCAUCAUCAGAAGAUUUGGCACCUAUUUAUGAGGAUGAAUGCAAAAAGGAUGAAGGUCCUGCAUUCCAAAUAUUCAGUGAUUUGACUCAAGAUCAGAAAACAGAACCUUGUGGAAUGCCACAGCUGACUCGGGUGCUCAAGGAAAAACCAGCAGCAAUGGAAGUAUCAACAGCAACGAAAACACCAGAUGUUGCUCCAAUACAACCAGAAAUUGAACCUACAUCAUCUGAUGCUGAGAACUAUCCUGAGAUGCAGGAUGAGAACUGUCCUCCUGUUGGUACGGUUCUGUUGCCUCAUAAAAACCGUCAUAUGUCUGGAGUCCUCCAGCCAGCAAAAUGCAUUCCAAUUCCACAGGAUCAAGAGACAGAAGAUGUUAAAAGUGUGGAAAUUGAAGAAAAAAAUUUUGAGUGUAAACAGCCCAAUGAUACAGAGUCUCUCUAUGUUUCUACUAUGAAGAAUGAAGAUUUGGAUGAUAUAGUCCCCUUAGAUGACAAACAGAUGGAAGAUUUUACUAUUAAGAUGCCGAAUAAUGAAGCAAUUUUCAGUCACAUGGCCAAAGUAGCAUCCACCCCAUUACCUUGGUCACAGGGAUACUUAGCACACUCUUCAACCUCAAGGAAUGAUUUUACCAUAACUUCUGAUACAGACAAACAUUUUCCCUUAAUACAGGAGAAAAAACCCUACUCAUUGCUAAAGAACAACCACCAAAUAGACAUGAUGCCUCCCCCUUCAACCACUAAAGCUCAGACCCAUGCCAAUGUGACCACCACCGCAACUCUGCCGUAUGCUGAAUCUGAGACGGGUUUGUCUGUUAUCAUGGAAGCAUCACAAGAGUUAAGAUCAUCGUCAAGCAGCUCAGGCUGUACGACUUCUAAUACACUUCCAGGCCAUUCAGUGCAUGGCUUGAGCCAUCCUGGAAACUUCUCUCUAAGCACUGUUCAUGUUUCUCGUGUUCAUCACCAGUCACAGCCUGAGGAAGAGUUGCCUUGUGAAUCUGCUCCUCCUCUUCAAGUUGGAGAUUUUACCAAGUCUGGCUACUUAGCUGACAAGUCAAGAGGGGAGAGUUUGGCAGAGUCACUGCCUUGUACAACUAUAGCUGCACAGCCUAAGAAUGUCGGUCUCUCAAUGUCAACCUGCAGCACAGCAGCAAAGAUGAUGAUGGAAUUUGAUGCCAUGAUGUCAUUUUCAGACUUUAAGAAAGACAACUGUGAUGGCUUCAGAAACAUUAAUCCCUUUGAUGAAGAGGUUAUAGAAAAUAUUCUUUCUAACUUGGCGGUGCCUCUUGACAAGCGUGGUGGUUAUGUGGCAAUCAUGAAAGAUAUCCCCCACUUCAAGCCUGGUCUGCAAGCCAUGAUGUCACCAAGGUGGCGAUUGGUGACAUCAAUCACGUUCACUGCCUCCUCUCUACCGAAGCUGUGCGAGAGUGGCAUCGUCCGCGUAUGCCGACACAAGCGAGAGGCUCUGAAGGAGGUCGUUGAAAUAUACGUUCCACAGGAUGGGGCCAAGGAUCGAGCCCUGUGGAACGGAGGCCUCCACUGGCUUGGCCAGGAGUCCUUUGUGCCAAACUCUGUCAAAAGCCCCAGCAAUGUCAAGGGCAAUGACGAGGGUGGGGCGGCCGGCGUCGAGGGCGUCAUGCCAGGAGUGACCCGAGCCUCCUUCCAUGCAGCUGGCCAGGUGCUGGUUUGUAGGCACUGGCGGAAGAUGUGUGUGAGGGGCUUUGUUAGCUCCUCCGCACAGUGCUUCAUCAGGAAGGGCGAGACGUCGUCAGGGCCGGGCGCCUUCCUGGUGUCGGUGCUGCAGAAGCUUUGUCACGGCGGCUUCGCUGAGCUGAGUUCAGCCUUGUCUUGGUUAGCAACUGCCAAGUUGCCAGAGGCUGUUUUAGGGCGGGAUCCUCUCCUGUGUGACUGUGCCCUGCCGCUGCUUCACAAGGGACCACCAUUGCUUGGGAUCAGUUUGCGCGGUGCUGGGCCUUGUGGCGCCUGGAGGGACGACGCUUCAGACGAGUCCAGGCCUUAUACUUGGCAUCAGCAGCUUGCCGGCACCUGUAGCCGAACCACGGCUGGUCUCGUGGAUCGACUCUAUAUGCCCUCUGUGGGUGGCCAUGAUUGUGUCCAGUUGGUCCGUGAGGAAGGAGAGUGGGGCGCCUUGUUGCCAUUGGGGGCGGUACAGAGGACAGAGCAGCACAGCAGUCCUGUGACGGGGGUUAAAGUGGGCAGGAGAGGACAGGGUGCUGGUGGCUUGGUGGUGGCGGGGUUGGGGACGGGCAGGCGAAGUAUGGGUGCUGGUGGCUUGAUAUUGGCGUGGGUGGGGGUGAUCAGGAUAAUCUCCACCGGGCUUCGGGAGAGUUUGAUAGGAGUUCCUCGCGUACUGCAAUGUCCUCUUCCGCUGCAUCCAGAGACUGAUGGGGUGCGGGAGGGGCGAGGGCUGCCUGGGAGUCAGGGACGGUGUGUGCGAAUCACACUUCUGUUUUGUUACAGGUAUCGUUCUAUAGGCAAAACCAUGCCUGAAGAUAUUGCCAUGUUCUUCAUGGUAGAAAUACUCUCAAUUUUGGAAGCUGUACAUAAUUGCGACAUCAUCCAUGCUGAUAUCAAGCCAGACAAUUUCCUCGUCCAAGCCAUCCCUGAAAGUAACAUGUCUGAUGACAUUUUCACUGAGGAUCCAAUGAGUCUCAAAUUAAUUGACUUUGGUCGCAGCAUUGAUAUGAAAGCUUUUCCUGAAGGAACAACAUUUACUGAAGUAGUUACAACCGAGAAGUUUACAUGCUGCGAGAUGAAAGAUGGGCAACCCUGGACUUAUCAGACUGACUAUUAUGGAGCAGCAGCCAUUGCUCAUCUUUUCCUCUUUGGGACGUACAUGGAUUUAAAGAAGACAGCUUCUGGCAAAUGGAGCAUCACGGGAGUCUUUAAGAGAUACUGGAAUAAAAACCUUUGGGAAAAUGUUUUCUCCACACUCUUAAAUGUUCCCUCAUGCUCUGCCUUGCCCAACCUUAGUGCCUUAAGAAAUGAAAUUAUUACUGCCUUUUAUGAGGCAGGGAUGCAGAAAGAUAUACAUUUCAAGUUCCACACCUUGAAGCAAAUGGAAGUAGCACAGAAGUGAUCCACAACUUAGCCUUAUUGACAUACGUAUAUUGUUAUUUUUUAUAACUAGCUACUUUAGAUUGUCUUCCUGUGUGUAUAGAAAUAUGGUGAAACCACAUUGGAAUGCAUGUGCUAUUGCAUCAGCUGUAACAGUAUGAAUAGUGUUUAAUGUUUCUUUUAGUGUGAACAUCAUUCAUUACAAAAUUUGUACUAGUGCAGGAAAAUCUUAAAUUUGUAAAGUUCAAUAAAGCAAUCCAUCCACACGAUGUACAUGUAGGAUUCUCACUAUAUAUGAAUUAGGUUUAGAACAUAAAUGUUACCAGUUCUUGUAAGAAAAAAAGUUACCAGUUCUUGUAAGAAAAAAAGAGGAGAGAAAAUCUUGUAGCAUAAUGAAGACAUGCUGAUUUUGUAAAGUUUCACACAAGAUUGUUAUUAGAAUUUUAACAUUUCAUUUACACUAUGGAGCUUCUUUUAGAAAUGUAAAUUAAACUCAUUUAUUUAUGCUUAUCUUUCAGCAGUUACAUUUCUAGAUGCUUGUCUUUAUAUUAAUUACAUUUUUAGUUGGCAGUAAGAACCACUAAGAAUGUAAGCUCUUCCAUAGGUACUAUUUUAUAUUCUUGGAUCUAAUAGAAAUAUUUUACUGUAUUUUAUGUAAGGCUCCUUAAAUAUUUAGUUUUGAAAUGUACAGUACAAAAUAUAUUUCAUCAAGUA